AUGCCCGUGACCGUCAGCAAACCCCGAAAGACGAGACAACAGCCUCCUCAGGAUAUCAUCGACGAGUUCUGGGCAAAAUUUACCACCAAGACCCCAGGCAAAGCGUGGCUAGCCACAACUGUCAUUCCCCAGAACGCAUAUGCAGAAAGAGUUGCGAAGCGAGCUGUUACUGCCAAAGGCAUCGGCACUCAAAUUUCGUACGAUGAGGCUGCAACUGUCUGCAGAGCCAAGGUCGAGAAGAUUGUACAAGAAUGCCGGCGGGUGAACCAACGCUAUAGAGAUCCUCAUUAUGACAUCGAAUUUGACUUGAAGUUUGGGCGACGAGACUGCCUCGAAUCACUCUGGAAUAUCAAGGGGAAAGAGCAUCCUCAAUCCCUGUUCCACCCGAAAGCCGUUAAACGUGUUGUCGACAUCUUCGAUAACCCGCAGUUUUAUAUCGACGGACCCACGGCCAAUGAUGUACGCCAAGGUCGGGAUGGGGACUGCUGGCUCAUGGCUGCGUUAUGCAACCUCAGCAACAAGCCUGGCCUAAUCGAGAGGGUUUGCGUUGCCCACGACCAAGAUGUCGGCGUGUAUGGGUUUGUCUUUCACCGCGACGGGGAGUGGUUCAGCGAGAUCAUUGAUGACAAGCUGUAUCUCACAAAACCCGACUAUGAUGAAGGGUAUCUCGAACGUAUUCUCUGGGAAGAUAGAGAGCGCGUCAAUUCAGAGGAGGCCUACAGACGCAUCUACCAGACAAACAGCGGUGCGUUGUACUUUGCCCAGUGCGAGAAUCCAAAUGAGACAUGGCUGCCUCUCCUCGAAAAAGCCUAUGCGAAGGCGCAUGGCGAUUAUGCAUCCAUAGAGGGCGGCUUUACCGGUGAGGCCAUUGAAGACCUAACCGGAGGUGUCACCUCUGAAAUAUACACGACCGACAUUCUUGAUAAGGAAUACUUUUGGAACGAGAAGCUCCUCAAAGUCAACCAAGACUGGCUUCUGGGCUGCUCCACAGGAUUUGCAUCAAGAGGCUGGGGCGAACGAAAGGGUAUCAUAGAGAUGCAUGCCUAUAGUGUCAUGAAAGCAGUCGAGAUGGAUAGCCAGAGACUAGUCUUACUUAAGAAUCCUUGGGGCAAGGGGAAUGGAAAGGUGCCUGGAGAAUGGACCCCGGAGUGGUUACAAAAACUUCAACAUACGUUUGGCGAUGACGGAGCUUUCUGGAUCUCCUACGGCGACCUCCUCAAGAAGUACAACAUCUUCGAUGCGACUCGGCUGUUUGGCCCUGACUGGGAGGUCACGUCCAUUUGGACAACUCUUUCGGUACCGUGGACCCUGGAUUACCAUGAUACAUACUUCGCCUUCACAAUCUCAAGGUCAGGCCCCGUGGUUCUUGUUCUGGCACAACUAGAUGAGCGCUACUUCCGAGGGCUCGAAGGACAGUACAGAUUCGACUUGCAAUUUCGUCUGCACAAAGCCGGCCAGGAGGACUAUGUCGUACGGAGUCAAGCGUCUUAUCGCAUGAACCGGUCAGUCAACGUUGAGCUCGAUCUCGAAGCCGGUAGCUACGAGGUUCUCGUCAAGCUGGAUGCGGUCCGAAACGACCAGGUUCUUCCCAUCGAACAGGUCAUUCGGAACAAUGCCAAGGGCCGUCGCGAGAAGCUGAUCCGAAUAGGAUUGGCAUACGACCUUGCUCACAGCAAAGGGAAAAUAGUGGAGUCGUCUAAAGAGAAAGCAGCUAGAGAAUCUUACGAGAAGAAACAGCGGGAAAAGAAACGUGCCGAAAUCAAACAAAAGAUCAUCGAGAAACGAGAGCAACAACAUUAUCUCAAGGUCAAAGCCAUCAAAAAGAGACAGAAAGAGGAGGCAAAGCGCAAGGCUAGGCACAAGGCUAGAGUUGAGAAACUCAAGGCUGCAAAAGGAACGCCGUUCGUACCGGGGAGAGUCCGUCCUAUGCCACCAAACCAACCAGAAAUACCUGACGAGCCCCUGGCAGCCGUAGAGCCACCAAAACCUGCGGCGAGAAAACGUGUUCAAAUUCAAGAAACUGACUCUGUGAAUCUUGAGUCUGCAACCAAUAAUUUGACGAUAUCGAAAAAGCAGCAGAGUCACGAGAAACUUACUAGCCAUGGAGAUGUUACUGCUUCUGAAGAAUCGCCAGCCUCUUCCCAUACCCGUACCCAAGAUGGAGCAAGACCACCCAUGGAAAAGCAACCCGAGAUAAUCGCCCGCUACACGGAAGAGUUAUCCAAAGAACUACCAGAUACCAUCAUCGAGGCUCGACAGUCGAAAAGUGAUGCGCGUGAUGUCAGCAGUAUCAAGAGUGAAGGCCAUGAAGCUACUCCGCAAGAGAGCGAAGCGGCCAAAAGCGAAGCAACAGCCCCUUCGGAAGCCUCCGAACUCUUGCUAUGCGAAUCAGAUGACGAGUUUGCAAGUGUCUCCAGCUUGUCAGAGCUCUCCGAGCGGGAACUGGAACUCGAGAUUGAUGCAGUAGAGGCACAAGAACGCCCUCCUGUCGGUCGUGUGCCGCCGCAACCAGCCAUGACGGCACCCGUAGACGACCAGGAUGAGUUUGAGAGGGACCCUUGGAACGCCGUGGCUGUUGUGGGCCUUCGAAUAUACUACAAAAAACCAGAAGGUUACCAAGACGAAGUUAUCGUCAAGCUACGAGCCGUGCGACCAAACCCUUACGCCAAAGAGGAGGAAGAGAUACCAAAAGCCUCAGACCCAGGCGACAAGAAGUCGAAAGGCCUGGAUGUAGACGACAGCGCCAAAGAUGCCACUCUGGAGGGUGAGAUUAAACAGCGAAAGAAAAGUAUCAGGCCUACCAGUGAGGAUCUCAGCGAUGCCUCGGUGUUGGUGUGUUGCGAUACUGGCAGGAGGACGCGGGCUGCGCCAGGAUCUGAUUUACUGGCGAGGGCAAACUUCAAAUUUUGA